UUUACAAAAAAAGCUGCCGAAACAACGCGUCCGCCACUCUCGUAUUUCGCCUGGCCGAGCAUUGAUAAUUGAUUUCCAGUUUUCAUUAUUUAAACACGUAUUUGACCUUAUGGUAAUAGUUUUUGGAGGAUAUACCUCUAAAUUCUUUUGUGUAACGAAUGUUUUUAAUUACGCCAAACUCAAAUUCCAUGCACAAAUGGACGUAUACCUAGUGUGAUUUGGUUAUGCAUAAGCGGUUUACAGUAAAGAAAGUGUAAAAAAGUGUAUUUUUUCCCGAUGAAACCCACUACAAUUGAUAUUUACACCUCGCCAGUGAACGAACGUAAAGCUACGAUAAACUAAUACGCAGAGAGCGACCCAUCUCGACUCGAAUAGAAAGUAUCACCAAUUCUCCAGUCCAAUCCGCCAUCAACACAAACUGCACGAACAUGAAUGUUCUGGAGCAGUUCAAAGCGACACCCCUGACGCUCACCAAACUCCCUGCAUCCUUCAUCGAAGCAAAUCCAACCGAAAGCGGACAAGUGCCUUCGGAUCAUCUGCAGAGCACCACACGGCAACCAUUCGGGUCGAGCAAUGUGUACAAAACAAGCAUUCUUCACUACCGCGUCCUGGCCGAAGGGGACGAUGUUAAGACAGUGUAUGAGGUCGCAAUAAAGCUUCCACCGAAUAUGGAAGAGGAAUAUUUCCCCGGUGAUGCAAUCGGCAUCCUCACCUACAACCUGGCCAGCGAAGUGGACUACGUGCUGGACCGGUUGCAUCUGCUCGAAUCGGCCGACCAAACGUACGAAGUGAAGCUGGCGAAACCGGUCAAGAAGAAAAACCCCGAGCUUCCCCACUACGUGCCGAAGUACGUCACGCCGCGGCGCCUCCUGUCGGAGUGCUUGGAUAUUCGAAUUACGCCGCGCAAAGGGUUGCUUCAGGCCAUGGCCAGUUGUACGGCGGACGAGUGUGAAAAACGGUUGCUCGAAAUCCUAGCCUCGAAGGAGGGUUCUAACCUGUACAAUGAGCUGAUUCUGAAGAACGAAAUGAACUUCCUGCACGUGCUCAAGUACGUCGCCACGUGUAAACCUCCGCUAGCGAUGCUGAUUGAGCAUCUGCCACGGCUCCAGGCACGCCCGUACUCGAUAGCGAGCUACGGACGGGAGAACCACAUUCGCAUCGCGUUUGCAAUGCUGAACGAUGGGCAAGUUGGUAUUACGACGCACAUGCUCGAGAGCAAGCUGCUGCAUCCGGGCAAGUGGGAUAAGUAUCUGUACAUGUAUCUGCGGCAGCUGAAGCCCGUCUUUAACUAUCGCGAGGAGGAUCUCGAGCGGAACAUUAUCAUGAUCGGACCCGGGACGGGUAUUACGCCGUACAUUGGCUUCCUGGAGUAUCGCAAGCAGGCGAAGGGUGGCUCCACCCGGAAGACGAAAAUGGGUUCGGCCUGGUUGCUGACCAGCUGCCGGUACCAGGACCGCAACUAUCUCUACGAGAACGAACUGAAGGGUUUCAUGCAGGCCGGUGUGUUGGAUCGAUUGCAUGUGGCGUCGUCUCGGGACGAGGACAGCCAGUACAAGUACGUGCAGGACAUUAUCGAGGAUAGGAAGGAGGAGCUGGUCGAGCUGCUGCUUGACGAUGCCACCAAGCUGUACCUCUGCGGGGAGGGGCGCACCAUGUUGCCCCGCAUUCAGGACACGAUAGUGACGUGCAUGAGCAAGGUAAAGUCUAUGCCGAAAUCGGAAGCGGCCGAUCUGCUGGCGGAGUAUCGAAAGUCGGGCAAGUAUCUGUACUACUCGAUGAUUCGAUACUGAUACGGGUAGAUUCACCCCUAUGUGUAGAAAAGUCAUUGCAUGUAUAAAAACAGAAAAUCCCAUAUUUAUAACUGACAACCGCUGAUUAGUUUUUAAUAAACGAUUUCGGACGUUCUAGUGUCUGUCAAUGUUGGGUUGUUUACCAAUACCAUUUA